AGCUGUUCAGAAGGAGGCAGCAUUGCUCGUCUACACCCCUCCUCCAGGGAUAGCUGGCUUUGGAAAUCCUGUUAGUAAAGCCGUUCCGACAAUGGCGACCCCGAGGCAGACCCCAUCCCCCUGCCUAUAUACCGGUCCUACACAUUAAUGGCAGCGGACCCCCUGGGGUAGGACUACAGACGGCACUAAGAACGGCGGAGACUGAAGCGGACACCGGGAGGUGUGAUCUGAGAGAUACAACAACGUGAGCUGAGAGUGGAGAUGGAAAUAGCUGUGGAAUACUAGAGCAUGGGGGAGAUAGAGCAGCAACAGACAGCAGCCUCUCGAUUAGGUGCUCCGGAGAGUGCUGGGAUCAGCACCUUGGAACAUGGGGCCAAGCCUCCUCUGUCGCCACAGGGCAAGUCCUUCCCCUUCAAGGUUCAAAUGUUGGAUGACGCACAAGAAACUAUUGAAGUUCCGAUAAGAGCCCCUGGUAAAGCACUCCUGGAUGCUGUCUGCAGCCACCUUAACCUAGUUGAAGGCGAUUACUUUGGACUGGAAUUUCAAGAUCACAGGAAAAUUAUGGUAUGGCUGGACCUCAUCAAGCCCAUCAUAAAGCAAAUCAGAAGACCCAAGUCUGUAGUUUUGAAGUUUGUUGUUAAGUUCUUCCCCCCUGAUCACACCCAGCUGCAAGAAGAAUUAACCAGGUACCUCUUUGCACUGCAAGUGAAGCAGGAUAUGGCACAAGGCAGGCUCACAUGUAAUGAAAGCAGCGCUGCACUCUUAAUUUCACAUAUUGUACAAUCUGAAAUAGGAGAUUUUGAUGAAGCUGUUGACAGAGAACACCUUUCAAAAACCACGUACAUGCCUCAGCAAGAUCCUCUUGUAGAAAAGAUCAUGGAAUAUCAUCGGAAUCAUUAUGGUCAGACACCAGCCGAAUCAGAUUUUCAGCUCUUGGAGGUUGCCCGUCGGCUUGAGAUCUAUGGCAUUAGAUUACAUCCAGCUAAAGACAGAGAGGGAACUAAGAUCAACUUGGCUGUGGCCAACACAGGCAUCCUAGUAUUUCAGGGUCAUACAAAAAUCAAUGCAUUUAAUUGGGCUAAAGUGCGUAAACUGAGUUUCAAGAGGAAGCGAUUUCUCAUAAAACUGCGUCCAGAUGCAAAUAGUUCUUUCCAAGACACGCUGGAGUUUAUGAUGGCUAGCCGAGAUUUUUGUAAGUCUUUCUGGAAGAUAUGUGUUGAGUACCAUGCCUUCUUCAGGCUCUUUGAGGAACCCAAACCAAAGCCAAAACCAGUCCUUUUCAGCCGAGGUUCAUCAUUUAGAUUCAGCGGUCGUACACAGAAGCAAGUUUUGGACUAUGUGAAGGAAGGAGGCCAUAAAAAAGUACAGUUUGAAAGGAAGCAUAGCAAGCUUUGUUCUAUAAGAAGUUUGACUGCCCACUCAACUGAGCAGAUUUUAGAGGUGCCAAAACAAAGCCCUAAAAUGUCUGUUGCACAACAUCCUCAGCCUGAUGAGAUUCAAACAUUAUACCCAAGCAAGGAAGAAAAGCUAGUAAUUGAGGCAUCAGUGCAGCGCAAAAGCCCUUCUCCUAAGAAGAUCAUACUGGACAAGAAAGCAAAGGACGGCGCUGAUAUGAUAGCUGAUGGUGAAGACACAGUCAAAGAUCAUAUUCAGCAGAAUAUGAAGAAUGCACACCAGCCAAGCACAGGUUCAUUAACAGGGAGUCCACACCUCUCAGAACUGUCAAUUAACUCUCAAGGAGCAACAACAGGGCUAAACUCAACAAUGUCUCCAAACCUAAGUCCUGAUGGAAAACCUUCUUCUCCCCUCAUUAGUCCAUUGUUGAAUGAGCCCAUCUGCAUCAGAACUGAUGAGGAGGAGGAGAGCCGGAAAAAGAGAUUUCCAAACGACAAAGCCUACUUUAUUGCAAAGGAAGUUUCAACUACAGAGUGUACCUAUCUGAAAGAUCUUGAAGUUAUAACAGUGUGGUUUCAGAACACAGUAAAUAAAGAUGACUCCAUGCCAGAGCAAUUAAGAAAUCUUAUUUUCUCCAACUUUGAUCCCUUACAUAAGUUCCACACCAGUUUCCUAAAGGAAGUUGAUCAGAGGCUUGCCUUUUGGGAAGGAAGGUCCAAUGCUCAUAUGAAAGGCGAACAUCAGAAAAUUGGGGAUGUCAUGUUGAAAAAUAUCCAGGGCAUGAAGCAAUUCACAACUAACUUUCAGAGGCAUUAUGAGGUGUUGAUGGAGCUGGAGAAGGCAAUAAAAAAUUCCCGCAAACUAGAAAUUCUGUGCAGAGACUUUGAACAGGAGAAGGUGUGUUAUCUGCCGCUGAACAUGUUUCUCCUUCGACCCCUGCACAGACUCAUGCACUACAAGCAAAUCAUGGAGAGACUUUGCAAGCACUACUCACCAAAUCACGUCGAUUUCCGGGACACUCGAGCUGCUCUUGCUGAGAUCUCGGAGAUGGUUGCACAACUCCACGGAGCGAUGAUAAAGAUGGAAAAUUAUCAGAAAUUACAGGAGCUCAGGAAAGAUCUGACAGGCAUUGAGAAUCUGGCGAUACCUGGCAGGGAGUUUAUUAGACUUGGAAGUUUAAGCAAGUUAUCUGGGAAAGGCUUACAGCAAAGGAUGUUUUUCCUGUUUAAUGAUGUGUUGCUGUACACCAGCAGAGGGCUGACUUCUUCAAAUCAGUUUAAGGUCCAUGGGCAGUUGCCACUGUUUAAUAUGACGGUUGAAGAAAGUGAUGAAGAGUGGGGUGUAUCCCACUGUUUGACCCUAAGAAGUCAAAAUCAAGCUAUAGUUGUUGCAGCAAGUUCUCGUUCUGAAAUGGAAAAAUGGAGUGAAGAUAUUCAGAUGGCUAUUGAUCUGGCAGAAAACAGUAGUGGUCCUGUCCCUGAGCUUAUAGCUAGCAGCCCCCCUGAUGGCAAAUCACCGGAGGAAGGUCCCGCUGAUCAAGAAUCUGAGGAUGACUUGAGCUCUUCUCGCACAUCCCUGGAACGACAAUCACCUCACCGUGGAAACACUACCGUUCAUGUCUGUUGGCAUCGGAACACAAGCGUUUCCAUGAUUGAUUUCAGCUUUGCUGUGGAGAAUCAGCUGUCGGGAAACCUGCUUAGAAAGUUCAAGAAUAGCAAUGGAUGGCAGAAACUUUGGGUGGUAUUCACAAAUUUCUGCCUGUUUUUCUACAAAUCACAUCAGGAUAAUCAUCCAUUAGCCAGUCUCCCUUUGCUUGGCUAUUCACUCACCAUUCCCUCUGAAUCAGAGAACAUUCAUAAGGAUUAUGUCUUUAAACUGCAUUUCAAGUCUCAUGUCUACUACUUCAGAGCUGAAAAUGAAUACACCUUUGAAAGGUGGAUGGAAGUGAUUCGAAGUGCCACAGACUCCAUCAGUCGCUCACGCCUCUUGAGCCACAAGGAGUCUCAUUUGUACUGAAGUGAUAACAUUACCCUCCUCCAGAAUCCCAGCCGCCUUUUAGCAGGAAUUUCAUACCAGCCCUUGGAGUUUUGUAAGGCCAGCUGCUCCACACAGGACAAGAGACUGCCUCUUAGUGACUUUUUCAGCUUUGUCGGGACAGAUAUCUUUUUAAACUUUUUUAAGACCAUGAACCCUUUCCUGCUCUGAAUUAACCCAUCGCUGACCGCAGGUAGUUGGUCUCAUCCUGUACAAAACAUUUUGACAAUUUGUUUGAAUAAUGUGUGCCAACAUUAAAAACCUGUUGUCUCUAGUAUAGUGACAAAUGAUUAAUCUUGUAUUCAUAUUCCUGGUUUUUAAAUGUACUUUUGAAUUCAAACACGUGUGUGUGUACACAUGCAAAAAAAGGUCAAUGGUUUUUCUUUGUUUUUGUUUUUUUUAAGUUAUAAAGCUUUCUUCAAUGCAAUAUUCAUGCAGUAUAGCUGUUUUUUUCCAUAAUGGUUUACAUACAUUCAAAGCACUUUAAUCACCUCAGUUGUGAAAGCAAAGCAGCAGAAACAAUAGUCCUAGAGAGUUCUAGAGAGUAGAAAUAGAAGACUUUGCAUUAGACCGUUUCUUGUUCUCUGUCGGUAUUAUUUUUGACACAUUUUAUUUUCAUUUUUGCAUCGCAACCAUUGCUGUAUAAUGAUUGUAUA